GUUUUGCAGGUAUGCUUUCACACCCAUAUGCAUCUGCUUUCAAUUUGUACUCCCAAGCAAGAAAAACAACGCCAAUUGCUGCCGCCUCGUCAGUGAGUUGUCCAAUUGUGAGCCCAAACAUGGAUGCUACACAAAAGCUUCUCGCCAUCAUGGCUACGGUUAAAUCGUUUGAGCAAGUCAACGAUUCAGAUGGUUUGAGCUCACCAAGCUCUCCGGAGUCUCCGACCGAAUCUCCAAACGUGAUUUCAUCUGUUCAAGCAUCGACAAUUGCUGACAUAAUCGGACAUUAUGUGAAUGGAAACUCUAUCAAAGAUGUUGUGAAUUCUUCACAAAAAUCGGCUUCACAGCCCCGCACUGCACGCGAACCACGCAUAAAAAGACCAAUGAAUGCUUUUAUGGUGUGGUCGCAACAACGUCGCCAACAAAUUGCAGCAACAGGACAGAAAUUUCACAACUCUGACAUUUCAAAGAUGCUUGGAGCUGAGUGGCGAAAAAUGGAGGAGCACGAGAAAGUUCCUUUUGUUGAGCGCGCAAAGCAACUCCGCGAAGAGCAUUUCAAUGCCCAUCCAGACUACGUGUACAGACCAAGAAGAAGAAAGCGUGUCGAGAAGAGCGCUGGUAGUGUGGACAGCAACAGUGCGGAUGAGAUAACUAAACCUGUAAACGUUUAUAAUAGCAGCACAUACACCAAUGUAUUCAGUCAAUUGUUUUUCAAGUUGCUUUGUGAUACCCAUAAUAAGAAUCAAGAAUCCCAAGGCUUCAAGAUUACAAAUAAUGACCAAGUAAUAAUGUGAUUUCAUUUAUUAUCUUCUCGUUUCAAUUCCAGUCACACUUGUUACAAUAACUUAUUUUCUUGUCUGCAUAUGUCAUUCUAAAAACGAAUCAUAAUCUAUUAUUGAAUGCACAUCAUCAUCACUCUUUUAAACGGUAACCAAUACACAACAAAAUACUGUAUUCAUCAUUUCUUAUAAUGCAAAACAACAAACUUUAUUCUAUCCUCCAAUGUAUUUAAUGAUCUCACUUUCUUUUCUCUGUGUUACAUUAUUAUAUCGUCAAAUAAUAAAAUUCUGGAACAAAGUGACUGGUGAAU